AUGGGCAUCACUCCGCCUUUGGCCAGGAUCAUCUCCCGCCGCUCCGGCAUCCAGCGCUCCAUGCUUUUGAUGGCGGCACAUACGGGCACCAUGUGGCUCAAUGCCACUCUUUGUGCCAUCUACAUGAGUGAACACUGCAUGCGCGGAUGGACCACGUUCUGGACCAUGUGCGAUCCAACGUCAGAUCUCUAUCACCGGUUCGAGGUUCGCCUUGGACAUCAUCGUUUCUUGGAUCCAAUCCAAGACUUAUGCACAGAGAAUCAUCGAUGGUGGAAGGAGGACGCAUCUCGGACUCGAAAAGGGAACGGAGAACUCUGUAGCUUAGCUUCCAGUCGUUUUCCUGACAAGUCCUACUCUCAGUUUUGGUUUCUGGAAAGGCUAUUGCUGCCAGCCGCUGGCAUGGCGGCAAGCACCAAUUUGCUUUUGGUCCAGCUUGGCCGCCGGCAUUUCCAUGCCGUGGUGCCUAGUCUGGAUGGCGAGACUGCCAGCAUGUCUCGAAAGUACCUGCAGGCCAGCGUUGGCAUUUUGCUGAUCUUUUAG